CAAAACAUUCACUCCCCAUUAUCUUUCUCUCUGAAAACUCAUAGUUUUCUUGAAAUAUAUACACUGAUAUUCAAGAAACGAAAAUCAAGAAAAAGAGAGGGAGAUAAUGGACGUGGUGAAUGAUCUUUUUCCGUUCUUGGCUAUGGUUAUUGUGCAGUUUGGAUUUGCAGGGAUGAAUAUUACUUCUAAACUUGCUAUGGAUGCUGGAAUGAAACCUCUUGUUCUUGUUUCUUAUCGUCAAAUCUUUGCCACCAUUGCUAUCAUUCCUUUUGCGUAUUUCUUUGAACGGAAAACAAGACCCAAGAUUACCAAGCCACUGCUCAUCCAGAUUUUCAUUUGUUCCCUUACUGGGGUAACUGGAAACCAGGUAUUUUACUUCAUUGGGCUACAAAAUUCCUCCCCAACAAUUGGAUGUGCACUCACCAAUAUUCUCCCUGCUGUCACUUUUAUCCUUGCAGUCCUCCUCAGACAAGAAGCUGUUGGAAUCAAGAAACUUUCUGGUCAAGCUAAGUUAUUAGGAACAAGUAUAUGUGUCGGAGGUGCAAUGCUGUUGUCGUUUUAUCAUGGACCCAUGAUUAAUAUUGGUGAAUCUAGCAUUCACUGGAAAUACGCAGAUCAAUCUGGAGAUUCCGAUUCUUCUGCUUCAAAGUCAAGUUUCAUUUUAGGCCCUGUAUUUAUCAUGGCCAGUGCUGUUUGUUGGGCAGUCUGGUUCACAAUCCAGGCGAAAGUAAGCGAAGCAUUCCCGGCUCCAUACACAAGCACAUUGUUGAUGUGUUUCAUGGGCAGCAUUGAGUGUGUACUCAUCGGUGUCGGUGCUAAUCAUGAACUAUCUCAAUGGUCGUUACGCUCCCCUGGCCGGCUUAUUGCAGCCCUUUACGCAGCAAUUGUAUGUUCUGCUCUAGCAUUUUCGCUUACUUCGUGGAGUAUUCAAAAGAAAGGAGCACUCUAUGUGUCGGUCUUUAGCCCUUUGUUGCUUGUUAUUGUCGCGGUUCUUAGUUGGGCGCUUCUCCGCGAGAAAUUAUACCUCGGAACUGUGAUAGGAUCGGCUAUGAUUGUCGCGGGACUUUACGCGGUUCUGUGGGGGAAAGAGAAGGAAGUAAAAGCGAAGAGUAUUGAAGACAUGGAAGUAUUCAAAUCUUUUGAAAAAGAAGAAAAAGGUGACCUUGAAUUGCAGCUUCCUGCAAUUUCAAAUGGCAAAAAUGGUGUUGUUGCAAAGUGAAAGGAGCAAUUAUGUACUUUUUCAGUCUUGUAGUAAAGACUGAAUGAACAACAGCCUUUGAUUUUAUUUGAAAGCUAUCAAAUGUGUACCAUGUUGUAUCAUCUAGCUAGGAGAAGAAGAGGCUUCAAUUUGUUUUGAGUUGUUAACUAAAUUAGAUUAAUGUUUUUGUUUGAGGUGUACCCUACUCAAAGCAGAGUGACCUCUUGAGGGUGUAAUUGCAAGUUUUUCUUAUAAAAAAGACUUGAUUAUCAUUCCA